CUCAGCCGCUGACAACCCGCCGUCUGUGUACUCUCCGAAACAACCCUAGACAAGAAGAGUAGACAAGAGGUGGCGACUGAAUAAGAAACAGCGAGAACGGCGCGAAGACAAAAGGGACAAAUUGGAUCACAUUUUCCUGGCUAACGUUGCUCUUAUCCCCGCCACACACACACAUACACACACACACAUUUCACACCUUUUUUCAAGACAGCCGGCAGCGGGUAAAGUUGGUCCCCGUCUCGCUUGUGAACAUUUCUAGUCUUGUUGAGGAUCGACUUGUUACAGUGCGGAUUUUCAGCCCUGGUCCCCAGCGGAUGAACGAUGCCUGUUGGAUGCUAACAUUUCCGGAGGAAGGCUGUCCGUGAACGUGCCACAUGCGCGUGGAAGAUAUGGAUCCGCUUUCACUAUAGCCAAGAUUUUGCCGCGUUUUUUAAAAAACAUUUUCAGUCCUCGUUCUUUUUUUUUUCAAAUUUACUUUUAUCCUCAUUUUAAAGGACCUUUGGGAUUACUAGACUCUUCUGGGGUUACAAUCAUGAACUUUGUUGUUAGUUUGGUACAAAUUCUCUUGGCAGCGGUUCUUCACCUAUCCACAGUAAAGACUGCCAGCAUUAACAAGGGAGUGGAUAAGCGUAAAAAUGAGGUCAUCCAACUCACAGAAGUCAUCAAUAAGAGUCGGUGCCAGCCAAGAGAGGUGCUUGUGGAUAUCUCCACGGAGUAUCCAGAAGACACGGAGCACACCUACAUACCUUCCUGCGUGGUCCUCAGUCGGUGUGGAGGCUGCUGCAGUGACGAGGCGAUGGAGUGCGUACCGACUGAAACCCGCAACGUUACACUGCAGGUAAUGCAGCUGAGAACAAUGGUAAUACAACAUAAAAUCCAGUUAAGCUUCACGGAGCAUCAAAAGUGUGAUUGCAGAUUAAAGCCAGAAGUUCAAGCAAAUAAUGAAUACCACUGUGCGCCUUGUUCAGAGAGAAGGAAGCGCUUGUUUGUGCAGGACCCUCUCACCUGUAAAUGCUCCUGCAAAUUCACACAAUUAGACUGCAAGUCCAGGCAGCUUGAGUUAAACGAAAGAACUUGCAGAUGUGACAAACCGAGGAGGUGAGACGGGGUGACGCAGACUACACUGUUAUGAAGGAAUUCUCUUUGGCACAGCACUUUUGAAACCUGAGGAUGCAUUCCCUGCAAGACGCUCCACGACAACGCCAGACAGGACAUUCUGGAUGCUGAUCCCACCUAACGCUAUACAAUAUAUAUGUACAUAUUCUCUCCAAGUACAUCAACAAUGUGUAUUGCUGCUACUAUUUAAGACUAAAACGACUUACGCUGCCGCGUGUGAACGGGAAGAGCGUUGAAGAAGCGGAGGUCAGCGCAAGGAUUUAUAGAUUUUAUUCGAUGUAACACUUCACUGGAUGCUUGUCUGCUGUGGAUAUGAACAUUGACAUACGCCUCACGUUAAGGAAAAAAAAAACGAUUGAAUCCUUGAACGCAGCGAAAAGACGAACUAAAGGGGGGACUGGUGGACGAUUAAGGACCUGCAGCACUUGAACUGUAUGGCAGGUUGAAGAAGUUAAGAAGUAGUGUCUCCAGGGUAGGAAGUGACUACACUUAAAAGGACAAUCCGACACAACUGCUGACACAGGUGGUGACGAAAAAUGUGACCUUCUCCCCCCCGAACGGAAGUUCAGUGACAACGGCAAGAACCAAACGAACAUUUUGCCAAGGAGUUUUGCGAAAGAUCGGGGGCGUGUAUCCAAGUAACGGUUUGAAAGUCAGGGUUAAAGGUAUCGGACCACGACCCGUCUGGUCUCCGGCCUUCGACACACAACUUCUCCUGAGUUGGAAAGUAUAUUUUCUGUGCACAGAGUUUAUUUGUAUUUUUUUAAAUAUUGUGUUACUUUCACAAAAUGUCUUGAGACCAGGCUAAAGGGAUGUUGUUGUAGGUGUAUAAGACAAUGAGUAAUGACUAGAUGACCUGAGAACAGGUCUGUCCGUAACUAAAAAAAAAAAAACCCUAAGCCGUUCUAAAUCCUCCUGAGAGCUAGUGUCCUCUGAAGUGGACAUAUGUGUUUUGCAUAAGAAGGCAAUUAUUUUUCCUCAAAAUGUGUACCUAUAACAAAAUAUAUAGACCAGAACCACUAAUAUCCACUGCAGUUUUUGAAUAAGAAGUCAUUUCCCUCCCCCCAAAAUGUUACUCUGACAACAGAAAUUGACAUUUGUGUUUUGCAUAACAAGGCAUUUUUUUAAAUGUGUAAAUCUGACACAAUUUGUUUUUGAAUCAA